ACCGCUGCGGGCUCCGCGCGCGCGGGCCAUGUCCGCCUUUUGCCUGGGCUUGGCCGGCCGCGCUUCAGCACCCGCCGAGCCGGACAGCGCCUGCUGCAUGGAGCUGCCCGCCGCGGCCGGGGACGCAGUCCGGAGUCCCACCGCCGCCACCGCCCUCGUCUCCUUCCCCGGGGGCCCUGGGGAACUGGAACUAGCUUUAGAGGAGGAGCUGGCGCUGCUGGCGACCGGGGAGCGGCCCUCCGAUCCCGGGGAGCAUCCUCAGGCCGAGCCUGGGCCUCCAGCCGAGGGGGCCGGACCACAGCCGCCGCUUGCCCAGGACCCUGAGCUGCUGUCGGUGAUACGGCAGAAGGAGAAGGAUCUGGUGUUGGCGGCUCGUCUGGGCAAGGCACUGCUCGAGAGGAACCAGGACAUGAGCCGGCAGUAUGAGCAGAUGCACAAGGAGCUGACGGACAAGCUGGAGCACUUAGAACAAGAGAAACAUGAACUGAGAAGACGGUUUGAGAACCGAGAAGGGGAGUGGGAAGGGCGAGUGUCAGAGCUGGAGAGUGAUGUGAAACAGCUACAGGAUGAGUUGGAGAGACAACAAGUUCAUCUUCGGGAAGCAGAUCGAGAAAAAACACGGGCUGUCCAGGAGCUAUCAGAGCAGAACCAAAGGUUAUUGGAUCAACUCAGUAGGUUAUCGGCAGACACAACAUCUUUGUAUGUGGUGCUGAGGAUCGAACCCGGGCCGCACGCAUGCCAGGCAUCAGAAGUUGAGCGGCAACUCUCCAUGCAGGUCCACGCCCUCAGAGAAGACUUUCGAGAGAAAAACUCGUCAACCAACCAGCACAUCAUCCGGCUGGAGAGCCUGCAGGCCGAGAUCAAGAUGCUGUCAGAUCGGAAACGAGAGCUGGAGCAUCGUCUCAGUGCCACCUUAGAGGAAAAUGACCUGCUACAAGGGACUGUGGAGGAGCUACAGGACCGGGUGCUGAUCCUGGAGAGGCAGGGCCAUGACAAAGACCUGCAGCUGCACCAAAGCCAGCUGGAGCUGCAGGAGGUGCGGCUCUCCUACCGACAGCUGCAGGUGAAGGUGGAGGAGCUCACUGAGGAGAGGAGUCUACAGAGCUCUGCGGCCACCAGCGCGUCCCUCCUGUCGGAGAUUGAGCAGAGCAUGGAGGCCGAGGAGCUGGAGCAGGAGAGAGAGCAGCUAAGACUGCAGCUCUGGGAGGCCUACUGCCAGGUUCGCUAUCUGUGCUCACACCUUCGAGGAAAUGACAGCGCUGACUCGGCUGUGUCCACGGACUCCUCCAUGGACGAGUCUUCAGAAACCUCGUCUGCCAAGGAUGUGCCAGCUGGCAGCUUGCGCACUGCCCUCAAUGAGCUCAAGAGGCUGAUACAGAGCAUCGUGGAUGGCAUGGAGCCCACGAGCUCCCGGAGAAUUGAUGAGGACUCUUUAGAAGAACAGAUAAGGCAGACCAGCGAGGACUCGAGAGCCCUGAGGGAGCUCAUGGAGGGGGAGAGGGGUAAACUGAGGCAGAGCCUAGAAGAGCUGCAGCAACUCCACAGUCAGGUGACACUGCUGAGUGUGGAGAUGACUGCACUGAAAGAGGAGAGGGACCGACUCAGAGUGACAUCUGAGGACAAGGAGCCAAAGGAGCAGCUUCAGAAAGCCAUCAGGGACCGGGAUGAGGCCAUUGCAAAGAAGAAUGCCGUGGAGCUGGAACUUGCCAAGUGCAGGAUGGACAUGAUGUCACUGAACAGCCAGCUGCUGGACGCCAUUCAGCAGAAACUGAACCUCUCCCAGCAGCUUGAGGCUUGGCAGGAUGACAUGCACAGGGUCAUUGACCGGCAACUGAUGGACACGCACCUGAAGGAACGGAGCCAGCCUGCUGCUGCCGUCUCCAGGGGCCAUGGUGCAGGGCGGGGCGAUGAGCCUGGCACCGCCGAAGGCAAACGGCUCUUCUCAUUCUUCAGGAAAAUUUAAAUUGGGAGGAGUCUGGCCACGGAGAACAGGCAGACUGGAAGCAGCUAGAAGGCAGUGUGAGCAAGGGCCUCCCCUGUGGCCUAGGGGAGCUGCACUGCCCGCCCACACUGGGGCCCAAUAGGUCCCAGAGAACCCACUCCCUUUUGUCAGUGUGGAUAGACCAAGAGGCAGGGGCCUCUUGGCCUCUGAAAGCUGCUCUAGCCAAGCCCAAGCCUGGGCUCCCAGGAUCCCAUUAUCGAGCAGGGGUCAGGCCACCUUCCAGAGCAGCCUGUGGGUUGGGCUCUGCUGCUCAGACCCACUUGAUCUCAGCCCACCUGGCAGGCACUGCUGCCUCCGCAAUUUUAGAUAAUGGGCAACAGAAGAAACGGAGGCCCUCAUCUGCAUGCCUUGGAAGGCUUGAGCCUCAGGGGCCUGCCUAGUCCUGCAGAGCAGCAGGCCCGGCCUACGCCUCCAUUCCUGCCCCAGCCACUGGCCCAGAGUAAGGGGAGGUGCGGCCCCUUACCCAUGUGCAUGCACCUCUGCUGGGGCCCCUCUGCAGGCAGGAGGCCCAGCCUGCGGCCAAGGAGCCUAAGAGCUGGGGUGUACCCAAGCUCCGCUGAGGCCAUCCUAAGCCCCAGGGAGGAAGGAUGGCCCUGCCCCCUGGCCACCGCCAACUCUCCUCCCCAGCCUUCUCCAGAAUAGUCCUUUACCCUUAGCGAGGCCUGGGCCAGAUGGCGUUCUCGCUGGUUGGUGACAGGCAUCAAUUAGUGGUCCAGUCCUCUCUUCUUCGUGGAAGGCCCAGGGCUGACAGAGGGCUCAUCUUGUUUCCACAGCCCCCUGCCCCUCAAAUAUAAUUUCUUGGCCCAGUUGAGCAAGUCCUGGCCACAGAAUGUCCUCAUAGGGGUAUGGCCAGCCACCCCCUCCUCCAAGGCAGCACUGACACCAUGGGUGUAAGGGAGGCUACUGGGAGCCUCCACAUACUGUCCACCGGGCCUGCAGAGGGCCAGGGUCUAACCCUGCUGCUUCUGCUCCUUCCACAGCAGCCACCCUACUGUCUCUGUUGAGGCCCUAACUCGAGGCUCUUCAGGCCCAGCCUGCCCUCAGCUGCUUACCACUGAUUCAGUCUCCCUCGCUCCAGGGGAAAAGCACAGCAGGGAUGAGCAGAAAGAAUGUACCUAUAGAUAUGUACAUACCACAGUGCUGUAAUUUUGUAUGUAGCAAACGUGUAAAUACAUGUAUGGAUUUUAUAAUAUACAUAUAUAUAAAUCUAUAAAGGCAUAUUUUUAGAAAAACCGCACCACUGCUUCUUUUGAAAAUAGUCUGAAUAAGAAUAAAACAAAUUUCUACAGA